AUGACUUCUACUAACGCUAGUACCGCCACUACUAGCCCUGGGACCGCCCCCAGAAAGAGAACUAUUAGCUACAUUGUAAACACAGCUGACCAUGAACUUUUAGGGCAUCACUCGCUCGGAGUUAAUGCCUUAGAGUAUGAUAGUGGAAGGCACAUGCUUAUCUCCGGAGGAAGGGACGGAGUUGUGUCUACGUGGAAACCCCACGAUCUUGCAGAAGAACCCGCAGAGCCAUCCAAUCCUUUCCUCUUAUCCGAAGACUUCGACUCGGUCUACGACGAUUCUGAAAAGAUUAAACAGUACAUUUCAGACAAUUUGGAUAACGAAGCAGAGAUUUCAAAACUAGAGGAGUCCAUCCGUGGUUGUUCACUUUCGGAAAGACAGCCUACUGCUACAAACUAUCAACUAUCAGACACAGGCCACUUGCAUCUUGACUGGAUCAACGAUUUGAAGGUGCUUUCUUGUCGGCAACUUACUGUGGCUUCCUGCUCCAAUGAUACGUCCGUUAAGCUUUGGAAUAUUGAGGGAGAGCAUCCUCAGGUUUCUACUUUGGGCUAUCACGACGAUUACGUGAAAACUUUGGCCUACACAAAGUCCCAUAAGAACCAGUUGAUAUCAGGUGGUUUGGAUAGAUGCGUUAAAAUAUGGGACAUGGUUACGCAAAGUUGCGUGGAUUCAUACCAGUUCCCACAGGAGAAAGGAUCUGUGUACACAAUGGAUUGCUACAGAAAUUUCAUUAUAUGUGGAGGUCCAACUAAUGUGUCGACUCUCUUUGAUCGCAGAGACAUGAAAAAGCCUAUCAAGAUGUUUAUGGGACAUACUGAUACCGUGAGAUGCCUUAAAUUGGGUCCCAAAUCCUUUCUUUCAGGCUCUUCUGACACUACUGUUCGGCUUUGGGAUUUAAGGACCAAUAGAACCAUGCGUAACUUUGACAUGCAUGACUCUUCUGUCUGGUCUCUCUGUGUUCCAGGUGUUGAUGAAUCGAAAGAGACUCCUUCAUUUGAUCUUUUCUAUUCUGGUGAUCGUAACGGUCUCGUCCUGAAGACCGACCUAAGGGCUUCAGAUUUGGAUCCAGAUUCUUCUGGUUUUGAAAAGCGUGACUAUUUCAAUGACAAGGUGAAUUCUAGUCUUGGUAUCUCUACCAUAGUGGCAGAUCUUGCGCAAAACUGUAGCCGUUGGAAUCCACCCGGUGUCUUGAAUAUAGUCAAUGGAGACAACAGUAUUUGGGUAGCAUCUACUGCAGAUAAGGAUAAAUUUAUCACAAACUGGAAGGUCCCAAAUACGAACAGGUUGGUUCUUUAUCAAGGCAUCAAACUCUAUAGGAACCUAAAAAUUUUAGGGAGAGAUGCCGCUUCCUCUCCUGCCGCCUCUCCUGAAGGAGCUCCUGCCUCACCCUCUGCAUCUGCUUUGCAGCAUAUGGGAUCUUCUGGCGCUUUCAGUCUUACGAGUCUCAGUAAUGAUACCAGUAUCGAUCUUGUGAGUCAAUUUUCACAUGAUGAUAUGAAUCAGAUUGAUGAAGCCCUUACAUCACAGUUUAUGAUUGACAAGAAUAUUGAUGGUAAUAUAGAUGGGGAUAUUCAGAACAAUCAAAAUGAUUUCAGUGAUCCAAGUCCUGGAGCCGCAGAUUUGCGGCUAAACACCUAUUUUCUUUCUUUGAAUGGUGGUCCUGAUUCUGAGUAUAUCAUUAUCAACAACGAGAAAGGUCUUGACAUCGCAUAUGAAAAGGUUCCAGAUUAUCUGGUUGAUGUGAUUGCGUAUAAUGAUGAACCAUUUCAAGCAAUCAAGGGCUCUAACGGCCUCAUUAUGUCCAGAAUGUUAAAUAACAGAAGGCAUGUGGCUACCAUGGACCAAAAUGGCUGUAUCUAUCUUAUAGAUAUUGUGAGUGGUAAACUAAUCAAGAAGCUAGAAAGUAUCGAUCAACCAAUCGAAGAGACUGGAUGCCUUGAUAUAUCUGAUCGCUUUGAUGAUAUUAGUGAUAAGUUCCAAACGGACGAAAGUCUUCCUCAAUGGUGCUCUGUUCAAACAAAGGGAGGAAUGCUCUUUGUUACUUUACAAGAAUCCACUUUCACAAACUGCGAAGUUUAUGACGACGAGCUUGCCCAAGCAUAUCCUGAAUUUAUACGGGAAGAUGAUGGUGAUGAUCCUAUAAGGUAUAAUAUAGGCAAAGUUGUUCUCAAAUCACUUUUGUCUAAUUUCACGGAAGAGAUAUUUACUGAGAAAUUCGUUAUCGGAAGAGAAAAGAGACGGAAGGAUCGUAGGGAGGCGGAGGCUGGAGAAGCUUCUUCUGGAAAGAAGAGUCUGUGGAAAACAAGGAGGUCGAAAGACACCACAAAAGCAUCCCCUUCCUCCUCAGUAGCCUCAAUUCAUCCUCAUCCUCAUCCUCCUCUUCCUUCUUUGUCUUCUUCGUCUUCGUCUCCUUCCUUGACUUCUUCUAUCUCGAACGAUAAACAUAAGAAAAAGUUCUUUAGAAUAUCUUCUCAUCACGGCAAGCAGUCUCCAUACAGUGAGGAGAGAGAUAAUAAUAACCAGGAGGAGGUAAAUACAAUGACACCAUCUGAGGAGAGAGCCAAAAGGAUCACAGAGGCUGUUCAGAAGUUUCAGACAACUGAACAAUUGCUAGAGUGGAUGGAUGAUCGUGGAAUGAAGCAUUCUGAACAGGCUGUCAUCGUGCCGAGAUUCCAGUAUGACGGAAAAGUUUUAGUAACGAUCAAUGAGAACGUCAGAUCCUUUGGUAAUGACACGAAGACACUAUUCUUAACACAUCUGUCCAACAUGAAGGCCAAUACAGCCAAAUUUGAAGAGUAUUUACCAAUUUGGGUGUCAAGGGCUAUCUUAUUGGGACGGUACCCGCAUAAAGAGGUGCCCAAAGUAGGAUUUACUGUGACACCGGAUAAGGAGGCUUCACCAGAACUGGAAUUUUUGGAUUCUAGUAGACUUACAGCUUAUAAUCUGAUGAGAAUGGGCAAGGUUAUUGAGUAUGUCAAAGAGAAGCUUCCCGAAGAACAGAAAGGACUUGAACUCGAAGUAUUAUGCAGAGAUCAUCUUCUCCCUUUGAAUGCUACGCUAAACACUGUCAAGAUAAGAAUUUGGAAGAGUAGCAGCGAUGUAGGCUUGAUUUUUAGAGUGAAAAGGCCUUCUUUGAAUGAAAAAAUAGAGACAUAA